AUGGAGUCAUCCGUGUCUAUACCCCCUCGCCGCAUCAUUCGAAUCGCUUCCGGGCUCGCCAACACACCGGCCGAGCUCAUCGAGCCAAUCCUCGCCGACCUGCCCCUGCACCGGGUGCUGGACCUGCUCGCAACAGGGUACGGCCUCAGGGAGCGGCCCUAUCCGAGUUAUCGGAAUGGGACAUCACUCGGCGCAGCGAUCCGCGGCAGCGUGGCCUGGCCGAUGCUGCGCCAAGCAGAUCUCUCUCGACUCAGGUCCCUGUGGAUUGCGUUCAACCAGCUGUCGCUGCUGUCGGAGGGACGGUUCCUGGCGUCGAGCGUCCGCAAGCCGGCAUACACCGACAAGCUGUGCGCCAACUUCAACAUGACCGGAGAGCAGCUCCAGCAGAAACUCGAGGACGAUCUGAAGACGGCCUUCUUCCACCGGGUCGUCAUCCAGGGGCGGUUCAAGGGCAAAGGCACUACUCUGAAGGCCUUGUCCAAGUACCUACCAGAGACGGCCAAAGAACUCUCGAGCUUUUGCCACACGAAGACGGUGUCAGUCCGUUCCAUGGCGGCCAAGUGGACGGUGAAUGAUUGCAUCGGCAUCCUCCCCCAUCUUCUCGAGGCCCAGCGUCGCUUGGACGAGGAAAAGGCGACCGAGCUGAGGUACCUGGCCGACGUCUACGAGCGUUACCCUACGUACCUGAAGACGGCCGAAGCACCGCAGAGCCCAAGGCAAAACCUCCAACACAUACAGCAGCAACUCAAAUACCACGCUCGCCGGCCUGGCCAGCUGAAGUACACCUUCCGCUACGCCCACUCCAUAUUGGUGCCGUACGACUGGUGCUUCCGGCUCUUCGACGCCGUGGCCGACCAGGCCCAGCACAAGGACGUCGAGCACGUCGUGGACUGGCAAAAGGCCACUGACGGCAUGAAGGGAGUCUUCGCACCCGAGACGAAUAGGCCGCUGCACCGGCUGACGUCCUCGAGGAGGCAGGUGAUUCGCAGGCAGGACGACAUCGCGCCGACCCCGGCUGAAGAGCUGUGCUGGCUCGAGUCAUUCAUGUGCGCCAUCCGCUGGAUCGAGACCGAGUUCCCCGCCUUGGCCGCGGACUUGAAAGCCUCCUCCACUGUCCCCGAAGCGCCCUUGGCUGGCGUCCUUCUGGAGCCGGCCGACUUUGACGAUUUCAUCCACAACGCGAGGGCGGAGGACGUGGCCACGCAGCUCCGGGCCGACUUGGAGGUGUCGAAACAGGAGGGAGCGCCGCAGCUGCCCAGCCUCGUGGCGCUCUACAUGCCUCCCUUCUCGUCGCCUCGUGCCCGCAAGAUCGCUCGCCGUCUUUGGCCUGGGGUAAGAGGACACUUCGGGGUUCAGGAACUGCUCUACGACCAGAUGAUCAAGGCCAUCAAGACGACACUCGCCCAGGGGCCCGGGACGGAUGCCCACGACGACGGCCAAGACGAGGUCCAGCAGCACAUGCCGACGCUGCACACAACGGCCGCCGACCGCAAGCGGACGUGCUACAUCUGCCACAUGGUCCUCGACACGCCGCACAGGACGCUGCCGUCCAUGUGCGGCGCCUGCGGGGACUUCAACCUCGCCGAGCGGGCGCUCUCCCUCCCCGAGAACCUGUCGCUGCACGGCAGGACGGCGCUGGUGACGGGCGGGCGGACGAACCUGGGGUUCCACACGGCGCUGCGGCUGCUGCGCUGCGGCGCCUUCGUCAUCGCGUCGUCGCGCUACCCGGAGGACGCGCUGUCGCGGUACCGGGCCGAGUUCGGCUUCGAGGCGUGGGCGGACCGGCUGAGGAUCGUCGGCGCGGACUUCCGGACGGCGCGGGACGCCUUCGCGCUGGUCGAGGCGACGAGGGGGAUCCUGGCGCGGGAAGGGCGGACGCUGGAUAUCCUGAUCAACAACGCGGCGCAGACGCUGACGGACCCGGUCGAGAGGGAGAGAGAGGCCAUCGCGAGGGAGCAGAUGCUGCUGCUGCUGCCGCCGCCGGCGGGCGGAGGAGGUCCCGGCGAGCGAGUGGUGGUGCGGCAUGGCUACGCGGCCCGGGUCCGCGGGGGCGCGACGGGCGUUGUUCGCGGAGUGGAUGGUGGCGACGCUGGAUGUCUCACCGCAGACUCCUCGCCCGAUGGUGAACCGCCUUCUCUCGAUGCUCCGAUGUCCAACUUGCAGGUGUCCUCGCCACCGGCGCCGCCGCCCUCGUCCUGGGUGCAGUCGCUCUCCGACAUACCCUACGAGGACAUCAUCACCGCCCACAGCGUCAACACCUUCGUGCCGCUCAUCCUCGUGCGGGAACUGCUGCCGUUGAUGCGGCAGGGCGGCGGCGGGCACAUCGUCAACGUUUCGUCGCGCGAGGGUCUCUUCGAGCGGCGGCGGGACGGGGCGGCCAAGAACGGGAAGCACGUGCACACCAACAUGUCCAAGGCCGGGCUCAACAUGAUCACGGAGACGGAGGCGGCGGGGGCCUGGAGGCGGGGGCGGGUGGCGAUGAACACGGUGGACCCCGGGUACAUGAGCGCGGCGCCCGAGAUGGAGGCCUCGCACGGCGGCGAACGGCCGAUCGGGUGGGAGGACGGCGCGGGCCGGGUGCUGUGGCCGAUCGCCAAGGCCGAGCGGGGCGAGGUCGUCUGGGGCCGGUUCCUGAAGCAUUACGGCGCCGUGCGUGUUGAUACGCGUCGGGGGCGUGGCUGA